GGGACGCGAAGGCCAAAGAAGGGGGAGCAGGACGAUGAGGAGCAGGAGGAGCAGGAGCAGGAGGAGCAGGAGCAGGAGGAGGUGGAAGCGGGGGCGGGCGGUCGGCGGUCCCGAGUGAACCCCGAGCCCGUUUUGCGAACGGCCCCGGGGCCCAAGGGGAGGCGGGUUGCACCCCGGGGCCCGAAAGCGGCGGUGAGCCUGCGGACGCCUCUCCCUCAGGGCUCCGUUCCUCUGCAUGUGGCGGUCGUCCUUCGGAGAUCCCGCCCGGGAGCAGGUCGGCAAGCUGCGGCUGCUCCUCCUGGCAACCGCUGGGCUUCGGCGCAGGGGGUGUGGUCCCGCGUGGAGCGCCGAGCCGAACGGGUGUGCAGCGGGCUCGGGUCGUGA